AUGUCUUUUGAAACUGAUGAAAAUUGUUUAAAAAAAUGUUUGGAAGAAAUAAUUGAAAUAAUUGAAACGACAAAUGUUGAACAAUCAUCUUAUACAAAUUCUCGUGAUAAAUUUGAUUCAAAUAAACAAAUUAUGGAAAAUCUUACAAUACAAAUAAAUAAUAAAUUAAAAAGUUUACUUAAUUUAUUAUCUUUGAAAUACCGAGAAUAUUUUUUAGAUUUUUUUUCUGAUUAUAUUUCUGAUUAUUCAAAAGGAAUAUUUAAUGAAACAAUUAAAAAAUAUAUUCUUAAACAAUUAUCUCAUGAUCUUAUUGGUAUUAUACAAUCAUUUGAUGCUUUUCAAGCUUCAUUUGAUGGAAAUUUAUCAUUAGUUAAACAAUUUGUUGAAAUACAUCCGAAAUAUAAAGAUAAAUCGUCUAUUUGGGAUACAACAUUAUUAUAUUCAUCAUCAAGAAAUAAUUAUUUAGAUAUUGUUAUAUAUCUUAUUGAACAAGGUAAAUGCUAUAUUAAUGUACAAAAUCGAAAACAUAAUAAAAAUUUCUCAAGAGAUAUGCGUUUAAGUCCAACAUCUGGUUCAACAGCAUUACAUGCUGCUUGUUAUUAUGGACAUAUUGAUAUAGUUAAAUAUUUAAUUGUUAGUGGAGCUGAUUAUUUUAUUAAAA